AUGUUACCAGAUGGAGAGAAGAUUAUUGUCCGAAUCAGGGCUUUUCUGAAGAAAGCAUAUCCUGCACAAAAAAAGCCUAUAUCGACUGCUCUUAGUGCAAAUUAUAAGAGCUUGGAAUAUCGUUUUCUAGAGCCAUUCCAGCCUACCCAGUAUAACAUUUCUGAGUCAGAUAUCGACCAAUAUUUUGAUACUCCUACGAUUAGUACUGGUUUUGAUCCAAACCAGAGUCAGACUGAGUUUAUAAGAAACUGGUGGAAGGCCAACAAGCUUGAAUUUCCUUGUAUGGCCAAGGACUCUUGGGACUUUAUUAAGGCUGAAAGACGCUGCACGCUGGAAGUCUGA